ACAUAAAUAGAUACACCUGUGCAUAAGGAAGUAACACAAAGAUGGCAGGUUACAAGGACAUUGCAAAUGACAGGUCAACUUCUCAGGGACCUUUGCUCCGCUAUAUUAAUGCAACGGUUGUUAACAGCAGCAGUGUUAAUUAUGGCCCCACAACUGAGAGUGUCCUACCAGUAGCGUCGAAUGACAAGGCCCAAGAUGUUGUCGCCUUUGGAGCUAUUGCCUUGAUAAUGUACAUCGUCAUCUUUGUUGCUCUACAUUACCUUUUUAAGAGGUUUUGCAAAGGCCAGAAAGUGAUUGGAUCCCAACGACAAAUAAACGCAGGAUUACUUCAGAGUCAUGCCGAAAAAUUUAAGACCGAUGACAAUCCAACCUCAGAGAUCGAGCAACUGUAGCUCGUAGAAGAUUGUCAACAUCAAAACCAACAACAGAUGUCAGCUGCAAAGAAUAAUAAUAUCUUAUUUAUUACGUAUUUUGUUUUAAAAUGGGUACCACAUAGCCUUAUCAUCUUUGUUGUUUUGGUUGGUUUGUUGAUGUUCCUGUUUUAAUUCCAAAUAUUUCAAUUUUGUAUAAUUGCUGCCAAUUACGCUGUUAUUGUCAGCUUUCAACUUUAAAUUACACGUUUGCAAAAUAAAUCAUUGUGAAAUGAAGCUCAGAUUAAACGUUUUGAU